AUGUCAUCGAUCAACGGGCCUGGUCCAGGCCCCGUCAAGAAGCAAUGGAUCCUGAACGCCUUCGUCGAGACAUGCUCGGGCCACCAGUCGCCGGGGCUGUGGAAGCACCCAGCGGACAAGUCGCACGAGUUCAACAAGCUGUCGCACUGGACGGCGCUGGCUCAGCUGCUGGAGCGCGGCAAGAUCCACGGCAUCUUCAUCGCGGACGUGCUGGGCGGCUACGACGUGUACCGGCAGUCGCUGGCGCCGGCGAUCAAGUCGGGUGCACAGUGGCCGGUGCAUGAGCCCUUAGCAUCGAUCCCAGCCAUGGCGGCGGUGACCAAGUCGAUCGGGUUCGGGGUGACAGUGUCGACGACAUACGAGCAGCCGUACCACCUAGCCCGCAGGCUGUCGACGCUGGACCACCUGACCAACGGACGACUGGGGUGGAACAUCGUGACGUCGUACCUGGACUCUGCGGCGCGCAACAUGGGGCUUACCCAACAGCCGCAGCACGACGACCGCUACGCCAUGGCCGACGAGUACAUCCAGGUCAUGUACAAGCUGUUGGAGUCGUCGUGGCGCGACGACGCCGUCAAGCUCGACCGCAAGACCGGCACAUACACGGACCCAGCGCUGGUGCGCGAGAUCAACCACCAAGGCAAAUUCUUCACCGUGCCGGGCCCGCACAUCUGCUCGCCAUCCCCACAGCGCACACCCUUGCUCCUGCAGGCGGGGACGAGCAGCAAGGGCAAGGAGUUCGCAGCGCAGCACGCCGAGGCGAUCUUCGUGUCCGCGCACACGCCCGAGGCCUGCGCGGCGUCCAUCGCCGACGUGCGGCGUCUCGCGCGGGACAAAUUCCACCGCGACCCGGCGAGCAUCAAGGUCCUCGCGCUGGUGACGCCGAUCCUGGGCCGCACCGAGGAAGACGCCCGCGCAAAGUACGCCGACUACAAGCAGCACGCGGACCUAGAAGGCGCAUUGGCCCUGUUCGGCGGGUGGACCGGCAUCGACCUCAACGCGUACUCCGAGGACGAGGAGCUGCGGUACGUCGAGAGCAACGCCGUGCGCGCCACGGUCGAGAGCUACGCGCGCUUCAGCCCUUCCGUCACGGGCAAGUGGACACGGCAGACCAUCGCCGAGCACGUCAGCAUCGGCGGCAACGGGCCCGUGCUGGUCGGCACCCCGGCCCAAGUUGCCGACGGGCUACAAACGUGGGUCGACAUCGCCGACGUCGACGGGUUUAACAUCGCCUACGCCGUCUUCCCCGCCAGCUUUGAGGACGUGGUCGAGUUGUUAGUGCCCGAGUUGAGACGCCGCGGUCUGUUCUGGGACGACUACGCCGUGCCCGAGGGCACGUAUCGCGAGAACUUCUACGCGCAGAGGGGCCAGAAGGGUCCGAGGGACGAGCAUGUCGCGAGCCGGUACCGGUGGAGAGAAGGGGUCAAGGCGGAGGACCAUAAGAUCCCGGCUUAG